GCUCUCUGCGCACUGGCGCAUUGAUUCCUGUGAAGGAGGUGCUGCGGCUACCGCGCUCCACUCUCUCUCAUUCCGCUCAGCGCGUUCCUUUUCAGCGGACCCGUUUCUUUCCUCUACUCACUUUAUUCAAAUAACCGGGGAACGACCAGGAAGCGUCGCGCUAAGGCUUGAAAAUACGAACCGAGCUCAAUCAUCAUUCACGUUCCUCACGGAGAGAGAUUGCAAUGCUUCAAACACGGGAUCUCAUCUGGACCAUGCUGCUCUUUGGACAUGCAGUCUCACUGCAGGUGGAGAUUAUUCCACACCAUGGAGAAAUCAGCGUCGGAGAAUCCAAGUUCUUUUUAUGUGAAGUGGUCGGUGAUGUGAAGGACAUCGACUGGUUUGCUCCCAAUGGAGAGAAGCUGCUGCCAAAUAGACAGGACAUCAGUGUGAGCCGUAAUGAUGAGACCUCCACGCUCACCAUCUACAGUGCCACCGUGGACAACGCCGGCAUAUACAAGUGUGUGGCCAAGAACGGAGACAAGGAAGCCGAGGCCACUGUCAACGUCAAGAUCUACCAAAAACUCACUUUCCAGAACGCUCCGUCUCCUCAGGAGUUUAACGAGGGGGAUGAUGCUGUCAUCGUGUGUGACGUCAUCAGCUCUCCGCCACCCACAAUUAUCUGGAAAUACAAGAGAACCAAGAUUCAGCCGGAAAAAGACGUGCGCUUCAAGUUCCUCAGCAACAACCACCUCCAGAUCCACGGCAUCAAAAAGUCCGACGAGGGCGACUACAUCUGCGAGGGGCGCAUCAUGGCUCGGGGAGAGAUCGACCUCAGGGUCAUUAAGGUCAUCGUCAAUGUUCUGCCUAGUAUUAGGACCCGUUAUGCAGAGCUCAAUGCCACUGCAGACAUCGAGCAGGCUGUGACACUGGUGUGUUAUGCGGAUGGCUACCCAGAGCCAACAGUCACAUGGGUGCGUAAUAAUGUAGUGCUGGUGGCCGAUGAGAAAUACAGCCUGAAUGAUGACGGCUCAGAGCUGACAAUCAAAGAUGUGAAGAAGCUGGACGAGGGAGAUUACACCUGCAUCGCCCGCAAUAAAGCAGGAGAGAAGCAGGAGGAGAUCAGCCUCAAGGUGUUUGUGCAACCAAAGAUCACAUACCUGAAGAACCGGACAGCGUCAGAGCUAGAGGAACAGACUGUCCUGACCUGUGAGGCCACGGGUGACCCCACUCCCAGCAUUAUUUGGAGCUUCGGCAGGCGCGUCUUCAGCGAGGGAGAACAGAGUCUGGACAGUAAUGUGAUAGUGCACAGCGAUGCCCGUGUGUCCUCUCUCACCCUGAAGUACGUCCAGUUUACAGAUGCUGGCCAGUACCUUUGCACCGCCCGCAACUCCAUCGGCCAGGACAUCCAGAGCAUGUACCUGGAAGUGCGCUAUGCUCCAAAGAUCCAGGGCCCAGUGGCAAGGUUUACAUGGGAAGGGAAUGCUGUUAAUCUCACAUGUGAGGUUCUGGCUCAUCCAAGUGCAACAUUGCAAUGGUUCCGCGAUGGACUGCAGCUGCCAGCAGUAAACACCACCAACAUGAAGAUCUACAGCACACCCACCAUCAGCUACCUGGAGGUCACCCCUGAAUCCCAGAGUGACUUCGGGAGCUACAACUGCACAGCCACCAAUAUAAUUGGCAGCGACUCUAAGGAGUUGCUGUUAAUCCAAGCAGAGGUGCCAUCUGCUCCAGUUAUCGACCGUGUUGAACCGUACCCCAGCACAGCCAUGGUGGAGUUUGAUGAGCCCGAUUCAGACGGAGGAGUGCCUAUUCUCAAGUACAAGGCUGAGUGGAGGACAAAGGGUCAAGACUGGGUUAGCAAAGUGUACAACGUGGUGGAGGGCCACAGCACCAUCACCAUCGUUGGGCUCAAGCCGGAGACCGAAUACGAGGUCAUGAUGUCUGCCAUCAAUGGCAAGGGUGAAGGAGAAAGCAGUCCCCCAGAGACUUUUAAAACGCUCCCUGUCAGAGAACCAAAUCCUCCAAUGCUGGAGGCCAAGCUGCAGUCCCCAGGCAAUGAGAUGAAGGUCAACUGGAUCAAGCAGGAUGAUGGGGGCUCACCCAUCAAACAGUACCUAGUGAGCUUUAGACCUAAACACCAGAACACUUGGAAGCCUGUGAUCCGUGUUCCUAAUGGCAGUGAGUUUUUGGUGCUAAGAGGUUUGGACUGGAACACAGAGUAUGAGGUUUCUGUGGUGGCAGAGAACCAGCAGGGCCGCUCCCAGCCAGGCAUCCUCUUCUUCAGGACCUCUGCAGAACCCACGGCCAUCCCAGACCCAGUGGCCAGUGGUUCAGGCCUUGGUACAGGAGCCAUCGUGGGCAUUCUCAUCGUGGUUUUCCUCCUGCUGCUCAUCGGCAUGGACGUCACCUGCUACUUCCUCAACAAAUGCGGCUUGCUCAUGUGCAUUGCUGUCAACUUCUGCGGCAAGUCUGGCCCCACCGCCAAGGGCAAGGACAUUGAAGAGGGCAAGGCAGCUUUCACGAAAGAUGAGUCAAAAGAGCCCAUAGUGGAAGUGAGGACUGAGGAAGAGCGCACCCCCAACCAUGAGGGAGGAAUCCCCACUGAACCCAAUGAGACCACCCCACUUACCGACCCUGAUGGUAAGAUUGUCAAAGAUGGGAAAAGUAAAGCACCCGAGACGGAGGUGAAGAAACCCUCGGCUGAGGUGAAGACGGUCCCCAAUGAAGCCCCGCAGACAAACGGCAAUGAGAGCAAAGCGUGAUCCACUGAUCCGAGGGCCUCAGAGUGUCACUACCACAUCGAAACAAAUGGUUUAAUUAAAAAAGGGUUCCUUUCUUCAGUCAGUGUCUUCUAUGAGUUUGCAGAACAAGAGUUUGUAGAUGUAUAGAGCGCCUAAAGAACUCGUGCAAAUGCCUUUUUUUGUUGGGUUUUUUUGUUUGUUUGUUUGUUUGUUUCUCGUUCUGUUUUUCCAUAUUCAGAUACAGCAGGAAGGUUGUUGUUUUUUAUUUUAUUUUAUAACCUUUAGCGCACUCUACUUCACCUCCUCAGAACAAUCUCAGCUGUCUUUUACUCGGAAGAGAAGCAUAAUAUCAGUGUGAAUAGUUAAUAACUGGGAACGUUAGCUUUACUCCUGAAUAAUGCCUUUUACAUUGUGCACACACAUAUAGUCGAUACUUUUACCAUCUUUGAGUACUGUUUUAUUACAUGCAGUAUUGCCCUAUUUUAUUAUUUUACACAUGGAUUUGGGGGAUUUUAUUUUAACCGUUUUGUUGUGUUUAAAUAUUGUAUAAAAGUAACUGCCUUUUAUUUUAUUUUUUCACUGUUUAUUUUUGAGAAUUAGAAAUAGAUUGCUCGCAUGCUUGCUUUGCAGAUUUUGUCCCAUAAUGCCCCACGGUUAUUGUUUUCAUUAUGACCCCGAGUUUAUAUUUUUUUUAUGUUGAUGAACAUGAAGCAAAAAAAAGCUUUCCCAUUAAAACACAAUGCAACAAACGAAGGCACAGUUGAAUGACUGAGAGGCGUAGUCUGGUCAGAUUCAGAUAUUGUGAUCAUUUUAUAGCAACACCUAGUUAUCACGUCCAGCUUUUCAUUUCUUUUUUUUUAAUUUCUUUUCUGAAUAAUUGUUUGUGUAAAUCAAUAGAAAGGGAGCUUGCUGUUAUUUUCCAGAUUUCCGUCUUUGAUAGGACCAAACCGGAGCGUUUGGACAUGAAGAUCAAACGACUCCUAAAGAGAACAAGGCCACUGCUGCAAUGGUCAUAGCUUGAAUAAUUGUUAAACAGUAGUACCACCAAUUAUGAAGUACUAUUUAAACACUAACAAAGCAAAAUUAAUACAGAAUUUUCAUUUAUAUAAACCUUUUUUUGGUUACAUAAUAAACAAAUGGCCAUAUUGUUUUCUUUAUUUAAGCCAUAGUACUCAAUUUAAAAUAUUUGGAAAAAAAAAAGGUUUUUAUUUGUUUUUUUUCCAGUUCCUUUAGUCUGCCAGUUUGUGCACUGUGAAUGCGUGAUAUAUCCUAGUGUGAAUACAGUGUGUUCUUUGUCAUAGACUUGAAAUAUCCAUAGGUUGUGAAAGGUGUAGCUAUUAGUACAGAUAAUGUUCCGUCUCCGUAAAAUUCCAUUCAAAAUAUAAUGACACAAACCAAUAUACGUGAAAACUCAUCACGAUUCAAAGGAGAAGGUGCCUUCAAUGUUAAAAGGUGUGUAGUUUGAGUGGUUCGAUCGUUCCGUACCACUAUGGGAGUAGAAGAGUUAGUUCGGGACCAGAAUCACGUUCUUGUUUUUGGGAAACGGUUUUGCUCUGUAAACUGUGAAUAUGAUGGUUUCUUUUCUAAGCGUGUUUGUAUUGUGUACUUUCGGAGGUCUGAGAGUGUACAUGGGUGUGAUCGAUUAGUAGCAAGCCCAAGAAGUUCACGACUUGCCUCUCUUUAACUGAUGCAAAACAAGAUCAUGUGUUCACGAUCAGAAAUGUUAUAGCACCUUGUUGUCUAGUGCCCCAAGAACAUAAAAGCUCGGCACUAAUGCAGACACGUCAUCUUCACAUCAAUCGGCCGAGCUGCCCGAGUCCCUUUUCCAUGAUCAGCACUGCUGUGGUCCAGUCAAAAAUGUAACCAUGUCCAUAACGACUAUUUUUUAAAAGCUGAAACAAGCAUGCAAUGUAUUCUAAACUAGAUGUCAUUGGUGUCGAGGUUUGCUAGUAAAUUUGUUAAAUGAAGAACAGUGACAAAAGACUUUCAUUGUUGUUUAUGGGUCUAAUUGAGUGCUCUGUCCAAAUGUGCUAUUAACAUUGUCAAUUUUUUGUUUGUUUGUAUGUUUUGUUGCUUUGUAUUUUUGACAUUCUUUUACAUUACAUUAAAAUAUGGUGGCCUGUAAGUGCAAAUCAAGUGACAAACAAAAAAUGCAACAACAAUACCAAAAACACACCAGCAAAUUCAGAAAAACAUCAUUAUUUACUCAAAAUGGAAACGUUAGGUCCUCGUUGAAGAUAUGUAACAAUAAGUAACAAUAGCAAUUUAUUAUGAUGUUGUUAUAGUGAGGAGUAAUUCGUUCUUUGGAAUAACCCUUCUUCCUUUAGCUGGCUUUUCAGCAUUCGCAUCUAAGUUAUCUUGUUUUAAAAAAAUAAACAUGGCUCAUAAACAGCCUCCAACUCUCCAUAUCCCACCAACUCCCCGACUCUUUCACGUUGUAGAUAAUCAUCGACGAGCAUGUGAUGUUCAAUAAGGGCCUUUCCAUUUUCGAGUUGACGAUGUUUUUCUGAAGUUGCUGUUGCAUUUUUGGUUUGUGAACAUAUUUUGCACUUACAGGCCAAAGUAAUAGUUUGGCAAAAUGGAUUAUUAACUACGUUUUGGGCGAGUGGAAAAUUGUGUAUAUUUUUGUCCAAACUAUUCCUUAAUUUUUAUUUAUUUUUUUUCAUUUGUGGAAUUCUGGUACAUGAACCCAGAAACUGCACCUCAUGAUGUCAUGUGUUUCUCUGAUUGAAGUCGUGUUGGGGAUUGAAAUGUGGGACCAAUUUCUAUGUGAGUUUACAUGCUAGCAGUUUACCACUGCACUCACGUCAUUCCAACAUUGUAAACCAUCAAAAAAGGCUGAAAAGUUUGUUUCCAACAGCUCGCACUCUGAGCCAAGCAAACGAGUCCAUCCCGAAACUGUCUUUUGGCUUAGAGCUGACUCACAUUCUUAUCUUUCUUCAUCAAUCACAUCUCUCCUCCCAAAACCCUCUUCACACACUCAUCCACCCAUCCAUUCUGAGCUGCAGGGGCCUUCUCACUCUUGUAUACAGAUUUUUACCACAUCAUACACCGGUGCCACCUUCUCCCUCUACUCUCUCUCACUGGUGUAAAUACUGAGUACUAACUCAAACCAUUUUGACUUUUCAUGUGUUCAAUAAAAUGGGAAACAGUAAGCUCUCAUCUGUCUGAUUUGCUUU